AUGGUUAUAGAUUCUAUAUCAUAUUUUAUGAAAAAAUCAAUAUCGGAUGAAAUUAGAGAUGCUGUUAUGUUCUCUGUCCAGUUGGACACCACACAAGAUAUUUCUGUUCAAGACCAAUGUUCUAUUAUUUUAAGAUAUGUGAACUAUAAAGGUAUCCAUGAAAAACUAUUGGCUGUAAUAACUGUACAACAAUCUACUGGCAAAAGUUUUAGCGAUAUGCUUCAAGGUGUUUUAGCUGAAAAUGGUCUUGAUAUUAUGAAAUGUGUCGGCAAUGCAACAGAUGGCGCAGCGAACAUGCAAGGAAAAUUUAAUGGUUUUUCUGCUUGGCUUGAGAGGUCAACACCAAAUCAAGUUCACGUUUGGUGCUAUGCACAUAUUUUGAAUUUAGUGAUCAUUGAUUCUACCAAAUCACCUCUGAAAGCAGCCGCGUUAUUUGUCACUCUUAAUGAUCUUGCUAAUUUUUUCAAAGAGUCGUAUAAAAGGAUGAACGUUUGGGCGAAUACUGUUGGUGAAAAUAAUAAAAAACGUUUACAAUCUAUAGGUAACACACGGUGGUGGUCAAAAGAACUGGCGUUAAAACAUUUAUUUGGAUCUGAUGGUAUGUAUAUUGAUGUGAUAUUGGCCUUAAAUUCUAUACAGAUUUCAAAUGGAUUCACUCCAGAAGCUAGGUUAAAGGCUACAACUUUAAAAAAUUCAAUUUUAGAAUACUCAACAAUAUUAACCGCUUUUAUUUACAUAAGAAUUUUUAAUAUUGUUGGCCCGUUGUCUAAAUAUUUACAAACCAAGGGUAUGGAUUUAUUAAAAUGCCAAGAGAUGGUUUUCGCAGCUAUUCAAAAUCUAAAGUCUAUUCAAAGGGAUAUGGAUGGAGUUAAAGUGAUGGCAAAAAAAUUUAUUGAUACCAUGUCAGAAAAAUUAGAAUUGACAGAAACCGAAGACAUAGACAUAGUAAUUGAAACUGAGUUGCCUAUAAUCAGAUCCAGAAAACGAAAAAUAUUGUCUGGUGAAAAAAAUAACGAUGAGCCAAUUACAGAUCCUGAAAUAAAGUUUACUGUGGAAGUCCAUAAUUUGAUCUUGGACAAUACUAUUGCUAGCAUGGAAAAAAAGUUUUCAAAAAAUCAAAUUUUAUAUACUGAUUUUGCAUGUUUGUCGCCUGUUAAUUUUGAAGAUAUAAAUAAAAAGGAUUUGCCAUCCAAUGCUUUAAUAGAGCUAACCAACAAAAUCAAACAAUUUGAUGAAACAAUUACAAGGGAUAGCUUACAAAAUGAAUUACUUAGUUUUUCUAGUAACUGGAAUGAGCUAAAAAAAUCAGUUCCCGAAUCAUAUGAAAUUGAUACCUAUGAUGAAAUUCAAGAUGAAGAAGAUUUUGGAAACAAAACUAUCAAUGCUUAUAGUCAUUUAACUAUUGCUUAUCAAUAUCUUCUGACAUUGCCAUGCACACAGGUUGCUUGUGAAAGAUCGUUUUCUAUUUUAAAAUAUUUGAAAAAUAGACUCCGAAGUACUCUAAAUGAAAAUAAACUUGAGGCUUUUAUGAUUAUGUCCAUAGAAAAAGAUACACUUUUCAACAUAAACAAUGAUGAAGUUAUUGAUCACUUGAAAACUAAAAGCAAUUUAUUAUUAAAAGAGCUAUCUUAUUAA